AUGUCCGGUGGUAUGUUUAUGAAUAGCAGUAGCAGUAAUGAAAGUAAUACAGAUGAUGAAAAAUGUCAUUUACCAACUGCUGAUUUAAUUUUUUCUGAUAAUGAAAAACAAGAUGAAGAACAAAUUGUUGUUAUAAGACGAAAUAUUAGUAAACUUAAACGACAACAAGCAACAAUAUCACUUCCAUCAUCGUUAUCUAUUCAAAAUACUUCAUCGAUUGAAUCUAUAGACAAUCGUACUAUUGAUAAUGAUGAUAAUGAUGUAAUCAUAUCUGAUCAAAUGACAAUAAAAAAUAUUCAUCAUCAAACAAUAAAUGAUAAUAAUUAUGAUAUAAAUCGAACAAGUUUUAAUGAAUCUGAACGUACAGAUAGUGGCAUUGGACGUGAUAGUGGUUCAAGUUGGAGACUUAGCAAUUAUAGUGAUUCAUUCCAUUAUUCUCAACUACAACAACAACAACAACAACUUGACAAACAACAAGAUUCCGAUUCUGAUGAUGACGAUGAUGAUGAUGAUGGUGAUGAUGAUGCUACACCAAUUCCACAAAUAAAUCUUAAUAGUCAAUUGUCUGAAGAUACUUUUGAAAAUUUUCGAUUACAAAAAGCUAAUUGGCUUCAUGUUAAACAUUGGUUAACUGUACAACGUCAUCAUAAAGUUGAAUUAGCAUCAAAACGUCAAUGGAAACGUUAUUGGACAUGUUUAAAAGGAUCAAAUUUAUAUUUAUAUAAUGAUUGUGCAGAUAUUAAACCAAAAAUUACAAUAAACAUUAUUGAAAGUCUUUGUUAUCCAUUACCUGAACAUCCUCAUCGUCAACAUGUAUUUAGUUUAACAACUCGUACUGGUGAUACAUAUUGUUUUCAGACAUCUAAUCAAUCCGAAUUAAAUCAUUGGAUUCGUAAUAUACAUUAUUAUUGUUCAUUAAAAACAAAUGAAGAUUUAUUAAAAAUAAUAAUAAAAGAUUUAGAAGAAAAUAUUGAACGUGAAAAUAAAAUGCGUAAAUUAGGUGAAUUACAAUUAAAUUCUUCAACAAGUCAAAAAGUUCGUUUACUUAUAUCAAAACAAAUUGAUUUAUGGGAAAAAAAUUUAGAAGCAUUUCAUAUUGAUUUAUUUCGUAAUAAAUGUUAUUUAUGUGCAUUAACAAAUGAUCGAGAUUUACCAAAUCCAAAAGAUUUACUUUCACAAGCAUGUCCAACAACAAAAGCAACAUUACAUAAACUUGCUACAUUUACACCAUGUAGUUUUUAUGCAUGUAUUGCUGCACGACGACGAUUAGAUCGUCAUAGAUCAAAAUAUAAAUAUUCUAAUACAAUUAUUAAAGAUGAUCAACAACAAGAACAACAAACAAAAUGUUAUCUAAAUACACCAACAAAUUCUACAGAUCCUAUUGAAUCACCAACAGUAGCUGAUCAAACUAUUUUACAAAUGGUUACAUGUGAUUCAAAUCCUCAAAUGAGAACAAUUGUAUCAAUUAAUGAAAUGGCAACUGUUGGUGAAUUAUUACAACGUGUAAUUGAAAAAUUAGGACUACAAAUCGAUGAUCAUUUUCUAUAUUUUCAUUCGAAAACUUCUCAUGAAUUUGUACCAAAUCGAAAUGAUAAACUCAAUAAUCUUACUUAUUCAUCAAUUGAAAUACGACGUAAAAUUGUAUAUCAAAUAACAUUAAAUAAUCAACUUGAUCUGUCUGGCAUUGAAAUUAUUACUGAAUUAUAUCGUGAAUAUUCGUUACAAGUUAUUGUAUCCAAUGUUAAAAAAGGAAGUGAAAGUGAACGACUAGGAGUUAAAGAAGGUGAUGAAAUAGUUAUUGUAAACAAUUCAAUUGUACAAGAUCUUAGUCUUGAUACAUUAGAUGAAUAUUUUAAUCAAAUACCAAUUAUGUUAACACUUCGUUCAUCAAGAUUAAUUGAAUCAAUUAAUGAUCCAAAUCGUAAAUUUGAUUUUUCACAUACAAUUAUUCAAAAUUUAAUAUGUCCACCACCACCACCACGUAUUGAAAGAUUAUCAAGACAAGAACUUCGUGAACUUAUUGUUCCAAAACCUGAUUCAUCUUGUUCAAAUGAACUUAUACCAUCUGUUAAUAAUAAUGAUACAAAAGAAAAUGAACAAUUAUCAUCAUCAUCAUCAUCAUCAGCACUUGAACGUUUAUUUAAAAAUGUUGAUGAAUUAAGUCGAUAUUGUCGACCGACAACAACUAUAUUAAAUACAAAUACAGAACAAAUAAAUAUAAUAAAUCCAACACCACGUAUUAAAGUACUUUCAAAUGCACAACGAUUACGAAAAGUUAUUUUUGAAUUAGUUGAAACAGAAAGAUCUUAUGUACAAGAUAUGCAACGUUUACUCGAACGAUAUAUUGAACCAUUACGUGAUGAUUCAAAACUUUUACCUGCUGAUGCAAUUGAAUCAUUAUAUGUUAGUGUUAAAUCAAUUCAUCAAUUACAACAAACAUUUCUUAAACGUCUUGAAUCAAAUAUUCCAACAGAAAUACUUGCUUAUAAUGCUACACAUGAAUUUCGUGAUAUUCUUGUAUCAAUAUCUGAUACAUUUCUAUCAUAUUCUCAAUAUUUUAAAUUAUAUUCAACAUUUUGUGCUAUGCAUUUAAGAAUAAAUCGUUUACUUGAUAUUCAUCAAAAUAAUCAACAUUUAAAAGAAUUUCUUGCUGCACGUAAUCCACGUCAUCAACAUUCAUUAUCAUUUGAAUCUUAUUUAAUAAAACCUGUUCAACGUAUACUUAAAUAUCCAUUACUUAUACAACAAAUGUUAAAUUAUUUAAAUUCAAAUGAAAUUAAUUCAAAUGAACAAUUAUUAUCUAUUGAAAUAUUAAAAUUAAAACAAGCUAUUACAAUGAUGAAUAAUAUUGGUGAAUAUAUGAAUGGUAUGCAACAACUUUAUGAAGAUUUUGGACAAUCAUUUGAAUAUAUAACUAAAACUUAUAGUGAAGAACAUAAUAAAACUUUACAAUUAAAUUUACCUGAUUUAUAUGCUUAUGGAGAAAUUGAUUGGAUUAAUAUGCAUUUAUUUCUUCUUGGAAAAAAUCAUCAACGUUUAAAAACAUAUUGUUUUGUUUUUCGUAAUGGUUGUCUUUUAAUAGUACGUGAACAAUCAAAUAAGAAAAAACAAGAUUUAUUAUCAAUUUAUAAAGGAAAUAAAAUAAUAUCUGAUCGGUUUAUUCGAUUUAUUCCAAUCGAAGAUAUUAAUGUUGAAUUAUUAGAAAAUGAUGAUAAUAAAGAUAAUAAUAUUUCUAUAUGGCAAUUAACUCAAACAGAUUCAAAAACUCGUUUGAAAACAUAUUUUCGAUUUGCUAAUAAAGAUGCUCAAACAUUUGUUAAGACAAUCAAUAAUUGUAUUUCUUCAAUAGCAACAACAGUUGAAUGGCGACAAAAUUCAUAUGAUCGUACAAUAACAAGUAUACGUAAUUCUGAACCAUCAUGUUUAACAAAAAAGACAUCUUCUUCUUCACAACGUUUAUCUUCAAGUCGUUCAUGUAAUGUUUUAUUAACAUCAAAUUCAAGAUCAUUAAAUCAUAAGUCUGAUAAUAAUCGACGAAGUCCAUCACCUAUUUGGAAACGACGUACAACACCAAUUCGUAGACAACCAUUAUCAAUGAAUAUUCGACAAAAAACAAUAAGAAAUUCAACUGAUUGUUAA